GCGGCAACACAAACCGAGAUCCCCCUCACACACGCGGGGUGCUCGAUGUAACAGUCGCCGCUGGCCAGGCCGAGGCCGGCAGCCGAGCAGCACAAGCUCCCGCAUUCGUCUUGGCCGAGCCACGAGAGUCAACGUCCGGCUCUGCUUAUUACCACACAGCCUGGACCAUGAAGCUGUUGCAGGGCGUAGACGUCCGGACGACAGCACAUCACUUCACGGGCCUCCACAGGGGUUUCCUCAGGCUCCAAUCACUUCCAACCAUCUCGUCUGCAGCUCGGCUCAAACGCCAGGUCCUGUGCCCUACACCAUUAGCACUGCGAGCCUAGAGCUUCGAGCCAUCAUGGCGUCCUCAGUUGACAAGAACACACCAACCUUCCAGCGAGAGCCAGAUGGCACACCAGUCACACAGAUCCUGUACCUCGACGUUGACCCGGCGCGCAACCUUGAGGAUGAAAGCACCCGCGACGGCAAGCUCUGGGCUGAGAUGCUCGACCUCCUCCAGGACAGCCCUGGCUUCAAGCGCUUGUACUGGGGAAGGCGGCUCGAGGAGCCCGAGAAGGUACAGAUUCACGUCGUCCGCGACACCAUCGAUGCCCACCAAACCUUCCUCUCAUCACCUUCCUUCCAGCAAGACCUGAUAAACAAGAUCAGGCGCCUGACUGUCCUCCCUUCCCCAUCAUCAACUUCUUCCUCACCUCAUCCAAAAGACAACGACCACCAACACCACCACAGACCCCCAACAUCCCAACUGCCCCUCUCCAUCCGCCACGUCUACCUCCACCCAUUCACCCAGCCCUCCCCGCUCGGCUCCAGGCCCACGCUUGGCCUGCCCGUCGGCACGGCGAUCUACACCGGCGCGACCGAGACCUGGUACGCCGGCGCCUGGCCCCUGUGGACGCACAUUGUGCGGCACGUGGACGGCUGCGUGGGCAUCGCGGGCGGGCGGGUGGCCGAGCGCGUGGCCGGGCUCGGGGACGGGUUCAUGGUGUUUGUGGCGUGGGAGAGCGUGGCCAAGCACGACGCGUACCACGGGACCGGGCACUUUGCUAAGUAUGGCGUCGUGCUGGGGCAUGGGCAUAAGGGGUAUGUCGAGUAUGGGCAUGUUGUGUUCAGGGGGGCGAGGGAGGGGGUUAGAGGGAAGUUGUGA